UAGCUCCGACCAGCUGUCAAACAGGUUUCGAUUCAUUAUCAGUUCUCACCUCAUCAUUAGUCGGCGUUUCUUCCAAACGAUUUGUAUAUAUUUACAAAUUUCCCAGCUGUUUUCUCGUUAACGGGAUGUUUACCAACUAAUCCUCCGGCGUUGGAUUCGGAUCGCAUCGUAGUUCUUAGCAGUGACUCAAACCACAAACGACGACAGUAUGUCCCUACGCAAUGGUGGUCAUGUACGCUGGGCCUUUGACCUGACCAGCUGGCGACCCUGUUUGACGGAUUUGCUGCUGGCAACGUCAUGCAUCCAGCCGGAGGAGAAGGCCCGGCUGGCGAAAUUUGUUUUCCGCGACGACUUCAACGCUUCACUGAUCGGGCGAUUGAUGAUGCGACGGUUCGUCCAUCUGGCCACCGGGCUGCAGUACGACCAGAUCCAGUUCGAUCGGGAUCUGAAGGGGAAACCGUUCCUGAAGAACGAAGGCUACGUGAUCGAUUUCAAUGUUUCGCAUCAGGGUCGCUAUUCGGUGCUGGCAGGGCUGGUGACAGCUAGGGAUGAGUUGACAGAUCGCAGGGCGCCGAAGAUUGGCGUUGACGUGAUGAAAAUCGAGUACAGCGGAGGGAAACCGUUGGGGGAGUUUUUCAGGCUGAUGAAUCGGAACUUUUCCGAUGACGAGUGGCGAUACAUUAAGGGGCAAUCAAGCGAAGCAGAACAGUUGGAAGCAUUUAUGCGAAAUUGGUGUUUGAAGGAGAGUUAUGUUAAGAACGUUGGCGUCGGGAUUACGGUUGACUUGAGAAAGAUAAGUUUCUCUAUUGGUAGCAAGGUUUUGGACACCAAAAAGGUUGUCUGUGAUAGUACACUGAAGUUGAACGAUGAGCUGCUGAAAGAUUGGCGUUUCGAAGAAUCUCUGAUCGAUAAAGAUCACUGUGUGGCUGUGGCUUUGGAGAACUUCCCGCUGGAUGCAGACCUAACGGAGAACUGCUUCGAAGUUAUCGGUUUCGACGCACUUAUAGAAGGCCAUAAGCCACUUUUGGCAAUCGAUGAAAACUACUGCGAUGUUAUUAUCAAUAAGGAAUAUAAGAGAUCUAAAUAAAAGAUUUAUUUACAUUGUUGGUACACAUUUAUUUUCAAAA